AUGUCUUCUCCAUCUCAGCAAGACUCGCAGAAGCGAGACGAAUCUCAGGCUCCUCAGUCUCCAGGCCAAGGCCAGGAGAACCAGCAAGAGCAGGGUAAUGACAGCAACCCUUUCAACCAGAAUCAGAACGAGGGCCAGCAAGAGGAGCAGAACCAGAACCAGGGCCAGGGACAAGAGGCUCAACAGCAAGGUCAAGAGUCUGAGUCCAAGCCUGAAGAUGCUAAGGACGAAUCUAAGCCCGAUACCGAGAACGCAAAGGCUGAGACACCUGGCGACAAGGAGGAGAAGCCUGAGCAACCUGACCAGGCCAAGCCCGACCAGCCCAAGGCUGAAGAGUCAAAGCCCGAUGAGUCCAAGCCAGAGGACUCGAAGCCUGAAGAGGCCAAGGCAGACGACAAGAAGCCCGAGGAAGUAAAGAAAGAGGAGGACGACGCCGACUCCAAGCCAAAGCAAGCAAAGACCGAGGCCCAAAAGACCGCCAAAGAGGCCAAGCCCAAGAAGAAGCGCCAGCCCGUCAAGGAAGAAAGCGAGGACGAGGACGACUCUGAAGACGACGACGACGACUUUGACUCUGAAGAUGAUUCCGAAGAAGACUCCGAGGAAGAUUCCGAAGACGACGAGUCAGAGUCUGAGUCCGAAGAAGAGAACGAGCCUGCUACACCUCCUCAACAAGCCGAGCCAGGACGCAAGGGCGGAAGACGAGGAAACACAAAGGCCGGUGAUGUAAGACGCCGACGCCCUGCAUGGCUCGACGAAGAAUCUGACGAUGAGGGCCGCAAACAGCUUUCGAAACAAGACGAGCAGAACCAACAGAUGCAGCAGAAGCGUCAACAGCAGCAAAUGCAACAGCAGCAGCAACAACAACAGCAACAGGUGCAGCAGCAGCAGCAAGGAGGCGGCGGUAAGAGCGACGCCCUCAGCUUGCAUCUCGAGCUUAACCUUGAGAUCGAAAUCGAGCUCAAGGCUAGAAUCCACGGUGAUCUCACACUGGCACUACUCCAAUAG